UAAUGAAAAGAAAAACAAAUAAAUAAAGAUUGAAGAAAACCCUAAUCUCUCAUCGUCUCUCUUCUCCACUUCCUUCCGCGCCGCUUCCUCUGUGGGUUUCUUCGCCAUUCGUCGUUCGUCCAAUACUUUCUUAGCUUUGAGAUUCAAGUCUAGAAUCAAUGAGGGGAAGGAGCUACACACCAUCACCACCAAGGGGCUAUGGGAGGAGGGGACGGAGCCCUAGUCCCCGUGGCCGUUACGGUGGGGGUCGUGACAGGGAUCUCCCAACCAGUCUUUUGGUUCGCAACCUUCGUCAUGAUUGCAGGCAAGAGGACCUUAGGAGGCCAUUUGAGCAGUUCGGUCCUGUCAAGGACAUCUACCUUCCAAGGGAUUAUUAUACCGGAGAUCCAAGGGGGUUUGGUUUCAUUCAGUAUGUGGACCCUGCUGAUGCUGCGGAGGCAAAACAUCACAUGGAAGGCUAUCUUCUUCUUGGUCGCGAGCUGACCGUUGUAUUUGCAGAAGAGAACAGGAAGAAGCCAACUGAAAUGAGAACAAGGGAUCGAGGUGGUAGGAGCAACAGAUUCAAUGACAGAAGACGUUCUCCUCCUCGCUACUCUCGUUCUCCACCCCCUCGACGUGGUGGUAGAACGCGAUCACGUAGCCGCGAGUAUAAUUCUCCUCCUCCUAAAAGACAUCAGUCUAGGUCUGUCUCACCACAGGAGAGACGAUACGAGAAGGAGAGGUCAUACUCUCGCUCACCACCACGCAAUGGCUCAAGGGCUCGCAGUGGAAGUCAUGAGAAGGCGAAGAAAAGCUACAGCGGGAGCAGGAGCCCAAGAAGAAGCGUGAGCCCGAGAAGGAACAGGAGCUACACUCCUGAACAAGCCAGGAACCCGGUUCCUAGGCAGAGUAGGAGCCCAAGCCCUCGUGGAGAAAGGAAUGGAGACCGUUCUCCAAGCCAGUGAUUCUCUCUGUCCAUCAGUUUAUGCAGUCUUGUUUGUUAGCUAUGCGUUAUCAGAUAUUUGUUUGCAACUAGGUUGGAACCUCUUGCUUUAUUUCUUUGUUUAAAGACGGUUCUCUUGAUACUUCUUUGCUUUAUGUUUGAUCCGCGUAUGAUGUUAAGACAUGACGAUGUAGUUGCAUAUGUGUUUUUGUCA